GGCCAAUAACUCACGAUGCCAGCACAUGUGGGUGAGAGCUCGGCUCGGACUUUGUCCCCGAGUGAGCGCCCAAUGAGAGGCAGGAGAGUGAAUCUCUGGAACUCUCUGCCACAGAGGCCACAAGAAGAAAAGCAGUUGGAGUCAUCAGUGGACGCAAUUAUCAGUCGUGUGGCUGAUCUGAAGAACUCUUUGGCAGCUUUCAUCCUGAAAUUAGAGAAUGAAUUUGACCGAAUGAACUGGCCCUCAGUCUUGGACAACUUUGCCCUGGUAUCUGGGCAGCUGAACACCUUGAACAAGCUCCUACGGAAUGAUAAAACACCGAUUCUAAGAAAUCAGGUCAUCAUCCCAUUGCUGCUCUCUCCUGACCGUGAUGAUGAAUUAAUGAAACUAACAGAGGGUCGAGUUCCCGUUUUCAGUCACGAGGUGGUUCCAGAUCAUCUCCGAACUAAACCAGAUCCAGAAGUUGAAGAACAGGAAAAGCAACUGAGUGCAGAGGCAGCACGUCUGGCACCUGACGUGGCCCAGAAAUAUGUCCAGUCUAUGAACAAAAUGUGCAGCAACCUACUUGACAAACUCAACAACACGCGGGAAGAGCGGGAGUCUGAGAGUGGAGCCUUACGACAGAACAAGCAGACCUUCAACCCAGCUGAUACCAAUGCUCUCGUGGCAGCAAUUGGAUUUGGAAAAGGAUUAUCGAAACUAAUUAGACAGCCCCAAGGUGGCCCAGUGCCUUCAGGUCAAUCUGUUCCAGGAGGUGGCCUGCAGGGAGGUCCAAGCCUAUCCCAGGUGACAAUUCAAGGUGGCCCUAGCCAACAGGGAUUGCCUGGCCAAGUUCCAUCACAGCAAGGUCAGCCAGGUAAAAUGCCAAGCACCAUAAAAACUAACAUCAAGUCUGCGUCAAUGCAUCCAUAUCAGCGAUGAGCCCCGAGCCAUGGACAUUGUCAUAACGAUGCAUGUAGUGCAAGGAGCAAACUGAGAUGAAUGUUAACGUUAUUGAUAGUUUGAAGGCCCUUUAAAAGUUGGGCAUUUGUAUAUUCAUGAAACUUGAUUCAUUCAUUGUAGUACACAACACCCGAAGUGGUAUAUUGAUAUUAAAUACAACACACAUGUAAGGCA